AUGUUCAAGACCAGCUACCUGCACGAGGUGCGCAAGGAAAAGUAUGAGCGCUCAGAUGUCUUCGAUGAGGAACCUAUAGACUCUGAAUCCUCUGCAGGCAUCUCGGCCAUCCAGGGCUGGGAGAGCCUUCAGGAGCUCAACAGUCGCUUUGCCCGGUACAUCAACAGAGCGCGAGUCCUGGAGCAGCGCAAUGCCGUGUUCCGCAAGCAGCUGGAGACGCUGCAGCGGAUGGAAGAGGCCAGCGGCUUGGAGGAGGCCUUCACAGAGCAGACUGAAGUCAACAGGCGGCGAAUCCGGGAGCUGUCCUCUGACCACGGCAAGCUGGAGAGAGAGCUGAAAGAUGCUUGCCGCAUGCUGGAUGAAUUCACCAGCAAAUAUAGAAAUGAAUGUGAUUAUCAAGAGCAGCUACGGGGCACACUGGAACAAUUAAACAAGGAGGCUGACGGUGCUCUGCUGAGAAACCUGGAGUACCAGAUCCAAUCACAGUUCCUGCAGGAUGACAUCAAUUCCACCAGAGAUAGACACAAGAAGAACCUUGCAGAGAUCCAGACCUAUGUAAACAUUCUCCAGCAAAUCAACCAGACACUUCCCCUUGCACCCAAUGUGUCAGUGGGCAUCUCCGAGGAACAAGAGAAGCUGCUGGCCCAGAGGAAAGUGCCAGGGCUGCAGAGUCAGUUGGAGGAAUAUAAGAGCGCCCUCUGCCAGCUGCAGGCCCAGAAACAACGCCUACAGACUGAGACUACAGUGUUGGAGCAAACCAUCAAAAACACACAGGAGAGUUAUGACGACGAGAUCCAGAUGUACAACGAGAAAAUCGAGUCUCUGCGGAAGGAGAUCGAGGAAGCGGAAAGGUCCCUUGAGAAGUUCACCAGUGAAUGUCGCCACCUUGCCAUGUACCAGACAUCCCUUGAGAACGAGCUGGAGAGGUACAAGAGGAUCAUCGAGAAUGAAGAUAACAGGUUGAAUUCAGCGAUAAUUGGCACUCCCAUUACCCUGUUCACCACUAAUUACCGCUACACUCACACACCCACUGCAUCAAGCAGGGGGAGAGAUAUCACACAGGCUAUCCAAGAUAUCACCAGCAUCAAGCCCCGUCAGAAGAUCCUGGCCAAAAAGGUCCUGAAGAAGAAAGAGCUGACCCCAAAAGAUGUGAUGGACAGUGGCCAGGAAGAAAAAAACGGGGGAGAAACUCCAGAUGACGAAAUGAAGGGGAUCCCAUCUGUGGAAGUGGGGGAAGAGAGGGUGAAGAGAAAAGAGCAGAGGCCUGUUCUCAUUGGAGUGUCUCCACAGGAUGUCCCAGAUGGAGCUCAAAUCAGCAAGGCCUUUGACACUCUUUGUAACAUUGUCAGAGACAGAAUGAGGAAGUACAAGAAGCCUGAGCCAAUCGCUGACUUCUACACCAAGGGUCGUUAUGUCCUUGUCACUGGCGAUGGAAGCUACCCGGAUCCAUGCUUCUACACCUCCACACCAUCGGCCGGCCGCAUUUUUGUCACUAUCAGAGAUGGAAUGAUGCCUCCCUAUGACCCUUACGCACCCAUCAUGCCUGCUCCUGUUCCUGCUCCUGCUCCUGCUCCUGCACCUCCAGCUCCUCAGCCUAUAAUAGACCCCAGGCCUCUCGAUCCCUCCCUGCCCUCUAACGGAGGAGGAGGAAAGGACGAUAAGGGUGGUAAAGGUAAGGACAAUGGAGGCAAAGGUAAGCAUAAGAACAUAGAGCCUCAACCUCACUCUAAAGAUCCAAGUCCAGUCCCUUCCCCCCCUGGCCCCAAAGAUCCCACCGGACCUGGCGUUCAUCCAAAGAAAAGCCGGGACGACAAUGGGCCAAGUGGGCCUACUCCAAAGCCUGCGCCUAGGGGGGCCAGCACCAGCUCCAGUUCCAGCAGCAGCACCAGCACUAGUUCAAGCAGCUACACCCCAGAUGCCAUGAGCUACGAGAAGUUGGAGGUGGUGGAGUCUGUGGAGAAGUACUCCAACGGUCGCAAGGUUAAAGGUUAUGAGGAGACUUCCAUGGUGGUCGAGACCAUGAUCGAGAAGUCCAGCAAGAAGAAACAUUGAAACUGCCUGAUAUGAAGAAUGAGUCAACUCUACCAAGGGUCCUACAUGGUUCAGGUUCUCUAACAAGAAGACAAGACUGAUAAAUACCACUGUUCCUCAAGCUGCUGUAAUAACACCAAUAUUUUUGUCUCUGAGGCAAACCAACCAUGCUUAAAGACCAACUACACAUUCCUGCUCUGAAAUUCAAUGCUCUUCCAUUUGCUUGCAGUCUCUGGUCUUGCGUCCAGAAUACGUUUUGCUGGUUCAAUAAGUACUGCUGUUGUUGUUCGACUUUAGCACCCAUGCUCAUCCUUCGAGUCCUUUACUGUCUGAAAACUUUGGACUAUGAAAAUUUAAGCUCCACAUCACCUAUAAAAAAUGAAUAAGAUAAAUAAAAACUGAGAAGUUGUGCCACCCUUCUGAACUCUGUCCUAGAACUCCGAUUUUCCCCUUUGAGCUCAUUUGUUCAAUUGGAUACCACUGCCUGCCCUCAGCACAAUUUUGCUGUGAAUUAAUUUGCUUUGAUAUAUUGAAUAAUAAAAAAGAUUUUAACAUC